AUUGGGAAAAUAUCCCGAAAAGUUUUUCAACUACUACAGGAUGAGCAAGGCUAGCUUUGAUUUUUUGCUGGAUUUAGUUACCCCUCUACUGUUGAAACAAGAUACUAACUACAGAACCGCAAUUGGUGUGGGCGAAAGAUUAACAAUCACAUUAAGGUUUUUGGGUGAGGGAUGCAGCUACCAUCAACUAGCUUACGACUUCUUUAGAGGUGUAUCUACAAUAGCAGCUAUCGUUCCUGAAACAUGUGAAGCUAUCUGGUCUGUAUUACAACCUCUUUUCAUGCCAGUACCCGACAGAAAUCAAUGGGAAACUAUAGCUGAAAGAUAUGAAGAAUUAUGGAACCUGCCUAACUGCCUAGGGUCAAUAGACGGCAAGCACAUUCGUAUUAGAUCCUUUGAUCAUUCUGGUUCAAAUUACUACAAUUAUAAGCAUUUUUUUUCAACUGUGUUGAUGGCUUGCGCAGACGCUGAUGGGACAUUUAUAAGUAUUGAUGUAGGAUACCCCGGAAGAAAUAAUGAUGCAGGAGUUUUCCACUCGUCGACAUUGGGUGUAAAUGGGUGUAAAACCAAAAAUAGCCUAGACUUCCCUCUUCCAAGAGCACUUCCAAAUAAUGUCAGUAAUGAACCUGUACCAUUCUUUUUCUGUGGUGAUGAAGCAUUUCCACUUCUCGAAAAUCUCAUGCGACCUUACCCGCGACGUGUUUUAAAACGAUACAAAAAGAGUGUUCAAUUACAGACUCUCACGGAGGACGUAAAAGUGUAG